CCACCUCGAAAAAGCCCAUCAGUUAUAUAUGACCGUUAGAGGAAUACUGGAAUCAUGUUUCCGCAUUCUCGAGAUCCUCAUCUUACUAUGGACGCGCGGCGCCAACAGGAACUUCCUGGAGCAAUUAAACCUGGGGCCGAUACACGCAUAGGAGGGGACAUUCGUGGAGCAUUAUGCAGUCGAGGAAGCUCUCAACGAGGUAGAGGAAGAGGCGGUAGGCCUGGUAUUAGUCGAACGAGCCAGUUACCACUAAGCACGAGCGCUGCCGUACUUGGGCGUACUCGUCAAGCAACAGUAUCGCCGUGGAAUACUCAGCAAUCAGGUAUUUCGUCACCGAUUGACACAAGUUAUCAGAACUAUUCCUCCGGAUCUAUAUCAUCUCGAAAGCUGUCGGCAGGUUUCACGACUAAUGGACCGCCAUCCAGCCAACCCACUACGGGAUAUUCAACUGUAACUGCAUCUACAACCCCCCAGACUUCUACAAGCAAUCACCCAGGUCCAUUAACCAGUCAUCCUACUACUGCGUAUUCGUCUAUGGUCGCAUCUGGAUCCCGAGGUAGUUUUGACAGAUACGCACCAGGACCCCUAAGACAAUCGCAGACAACUGGCAAUCUGCCUCCCCCAUCAGCCUACACACAGCAGAAAGGUGGGCUACAAACUUCAAGAACGCUUCUCCCGGUACCUGAGUCGUCCGGAGCAACCACUUCCUCUUCUGUUACCGCAUCUACGUCUGGGGUCAUUCCACGUUUCGGGGCAGAAAACAUCAACCCUUAUCUCUCAGAAGUCGACCUUGGAAGAAGACAUAGGGACAGUCUGGAAAUAUCCAGCACCAAGAAAAUACCCAAACGCACGCCGCCCAACGCAAAGCGAAAGGUGAUUUCUGACGUAUCCAACACUGAACCCAUUCCGGAGUUGCCAGAGCAAAUACUGCAAACUGUAAAGCAGAAGAAUACGGAGAAGAAUGCAGAGCAGAAGGUUCCUACUUCAGACAAACCUCCUUUUCAGCAACAACCUCCUUUGCAACAACCCCAAGCCCAGCAACUGCCAAAACAAACCUUCCCAAGUGCAGAUUGCAUUAAUUCCAUCGAUUUAGCUCGCAUUCAUCCGUUACCUCCACAACUACCACCACCCAUGCCGGUGCCAAACCCCAAGCCCAAGAAACAGAGCGGCAUUCCCAAGUCACGCACUCUUAACGUGCUUUCCAACCUGACAUCCUCAUUCUCGCGCGCAUCGCUAUCCAGCAGUAACAACAAUAAAAAUAGCCGCAGCGAUUUACGUCGCCAGAUAGGAUCGCCCAUAAUGGCUUCUAACACUUUCGACGGCAACGCGUCUCUGACCGAAAACGACAGCUCCCUUGGAGCAAAUGUGACGCCCAACCAAGCUUCCACGCCUGCACCCGCCCUCGCGACCAUGCCCGUCCACCGCAACCCUCGCAUGGUCUACAACGCCGAGACCCAAUCGUACUGGACCGGCCGCUUCGUCGCCAUGCAAGACAAGCUGCGCAACGAGAACCUAAAGGGGCAAAGUCUGAACCUCAUCACGACCUCCAUGCCGGGACAGCAGCAACCCCAAGCCCAAGCCCCUACACCCAAGCCCACCCCUACACCCGCGCCCGUGCCCGCGCCCGACGCCGCGCUCCGAACCUCCUACAGCAUGGCCUGCAUGCCAGGCGUGACUCCCCAGCUACUCUCGGGCGAGAUCGUCGCCACAGUCCAAGCCGCGUCGGAAAUGACAGACGAAGACACCCGCAUCCGCCGCGUAUUCCGCCACCUGGAGGCGCUGUGCGCGAACCGCUCUGCCCUCGACAGCAUGCACGAGUUCCAACAGGACUACGCGCGUCUCGUCGGCAAGAAGGGGCUUCUCCCGCCCGGCUCGUCCUGGGAUGACAAGGACAAGGACAAGGACAAGAAGGGUUGGGUCGGCCGCAUCUUCAGCGGUAACAGCAGCAGCGGCAGCAGUAAGAAGAAGGCUAAUGGAUCGCAGUAGGAAGCGAAGAAGAAAGAAAUUAAUGCUAUGGAUCCGACACGACCAGUGAGAAGUUU